AUUCUCUUCCGCUUACCUGGCAACACUGAGCACAGUUAGUCACGUACUCACGUAUUACUGCAAUUGCAUUUAGUUAUUUGUUAUUUUAGUUACAAGUUACAACAUCAACGCAAGAUGCCCAAGCAAACAUCUAACCGUUCAGAGGAAGUAAAUAAGAAAAAGAUGGGUCGACAUCGCCAGCGUCGACGCCAACCAAAAAAGAAAAGAAUGGAAGCAACGCGAAACACAGUUAAAUCGUAUGAACCGGUUCAGUUUCGGCCCGAGUGUGCUUGGCGGAAGACACUUGGCCAGAUACCAGGUGCAUCGAUGCAGCCGACAAAGGCAAGGCGAGGUCUUCAACAUAUCACCGCGAAUCAGGUCCAAUUAGCACAUGAAUCAGCUGUUGAGGGUACAAUAGCAAAUUUUGAUGGCUGGUCGACCAACAACGUAGACGCAGGCCAUAAACAUGAGUCUCUUGAAGCGGUUGGGCAAACAUUUUCAGAACUCCAAAACAAGAAGCAGAGAGCCAACCAAUUGAAAGGUGUAAAUAGGAUGAAGGUGAAGCAACAGCGUCGGUGGCAGCUUAAAAACAAAAGAACCAAGAAAGCAAUUCAGCAAGCUCAGCUUCAGACUCUAUUGGAAGUAUUAGAACAUGAAUUCGUCGCGAAAACUCCUACUUCUGAUGCCCGGGUGGACCAGGAAUCGUCGAAUCUUAAAGCAGCGGAUAAUGAAAACGUCGCAUCACAAAAAUGCAACAUACCAAGACCAAAAGACAUCGCAUUAAUGCCACCUGAAUUGCAAGAAGACCCGACUAUAUGGAAAUAUUGGAAAAAACGGAAGUACCUUUUCACCAGGUUUGACGAGGGCAUCAAAUUAGAUAAUGAAAGCUGGUACAGCGUAACGCCUGAACCUAUUGCAAGGAUGAUUGCAGAGAGGCGUCAAUAUGAUUACAUUAUGGAUCCUUUUUGUGGCGCUGGCGGCAACACUAUACAAUUCGCAAAAACUUGUGGAAAAAAAGUUCUAGCCAUUGACAUAGACCCGAAAAAGGUAGAAAUGGCUCGCCACAAUUCCACAAUAUAUGGGGUGGAGGAUCGGAUUCAGUUCUUCGUCGGGGAUUUUUUUGAAAUAGCCAAAUUGACGCCUUUCCUGAAAGCUGACAUGGUCUUUUUAAGCCCACCGUGGGGUGGUCCCAACUAUGUAAAGGAUAAACCCUUUGACAUAGAGACGCUUGCACCCCGUCCGGCAUCGGAGUUAGUGAGAGUGGCUCGGAACAUCAGCUCUUCAGUCGCUUUGUACCUACCCCGAAAUUCUAAUAGAGACCAGAUCCAAUCGCUAGCUGACGAAAACGAUAUUGUGGAAAUACAGGAAAUGAUGGGAGGAUCUAAGGGACAAGGAAAAAGUUUUCAGGCUAUAGUCGUGUAUUACACUUUUUGUAAUGAUCCCGUUGCGCCACAGAUGGUGGUUUGAUUUCUGUCUUUUGGUCCUCAGAUUAGUUACUUAGAAUACUAUGUUUUUUAUUUAUUUUCUUUAUUAUAAAGAUAUACUGGAUAUGAGUAAGGUAAACAAAAAACUAAUUUUAUAAAUGUAUUUGUGUACCUACCGUAAAACCACCCAACUAUAGUCCAAUACUGCAACUAUGGUCCACAAGUUCAAAAGGAAAUUAAGUAUCUAUACCAAUGUUCCUUGUGGUUUACUCCUAGUUUUACCUUCCAUUUAUAAACAUACUAUGCCUUAGAACUACAAAAAUAUAGUAAAAUACACACCUGAACGAGAAAAAUUGAGUUUAUUUGUGGACCAUAGUUGGGAGCUUUAGACUAUAGUUGGGUGGUUUUACGGUAAUAAAUAU